AUGGCCAAGCAACCGUUUUUCACGUUCGAGGACGCCAAGUUCUCCUUCAGCCUGUUUUGUUGCAUGUGCGGCGUCGGUACGCUAAGUAUGCCGGCAAACUUCGCUCGUGCUGGGCCGGUUUUGGGGUUCUGCGCUACAGUUUUCAUGGCUUUUGCAAAUAUCUACUCCUCGGUUGCCUUGUCCAAGGUGCUUCUGCUCGCCCCCAACUCCGUCAACACCUUCAGCGAUCUCGGUGAAUGGUGCAUGGGAAAGACUGGACGAUGGUUGUGCGUCGUCUCACAGAUGGGUUCCUGCUUACUCAUGCCGUGUGUGUUCUUGGUGCUAGGCGGCGGCCUGCUCGACGGUCUGUUCCCCAAUGCAUGGGACACAACGACGUGGAUCAUCCUCAUGACCAUUACCGUACUGCCGCUUGCUCUGGUGCCCACCCUAAAGGAGGGUGCUGGUGCCGCUUUCGCCGGUUGCAUGGGAACGCUUAUUGCCGAUGCUCUGGGUAUUGCAAUCGUGGCCCACGGCAUGCGCGACCACCCGGCCGUGCCUUCUCCCGAGCUGAGUCUGUCCCAGGUCGCCGGUGCGUUCGGCAGUCUCGCUAUGGGCUUCGGUGCCGGCAUUGUCCUUUCGGAUGUGCAGCGGCAGCACAGCGACCCGAGCCGCAUGCCCCGUGUUGUCACCGUCACCAUGGUCUUCAUUAUGUGCAUGCUGCUGAUUCUUGGAUUCGUGCCGUACUUCUCGGUCGGUUGCCAGGUGUCAGGCAACCUGUUGUACGUCAUCUACCCAGACGCUGCGACCGGCCUCACCACCUUGGGUUUCGCUCCUAAGUGGGGUACCGUUGUGCUGGCGUAUCUAGCCAUGCAGAUGCACGUGACCAUAGCUUUCUCCGUUCUGAUCAACCCGGCCUUCUACAUCGCCGAGCGUCUGGAUGUUAGCGCGACGUCCAGUCGCCGUUCGCGGACGUCCGUGUUCCCUCUUACGGGGGAGGUUAACAACAACCACGAGCUCGAGGCUGCAGAGUACCGUGGCGCCAACGCGAUCAAGUACAUCGUACUCCGUCUCUGUAUUAUCGUUGUACUGGUGAUUCUGUCCAUUAUCUUUAAGGACCACUUCUCGGACUUUGUCGACUUUGUGGGCGCCUCGGCUAUCACGGCGAACUGCAUCGUCCUGCCGACGAUCUUCUACCUCAUCAAGACGUGGGAACAUGUCCCGAUCUACGAGAAGUUCGGUGCUGGUGUUGUCAUUGUUGUGUGUACUGUGCUUGGCUGCUACUCGACUUACACCGCCAGCAAAAACCUGUUUGCUCCGUCCGACUCGGACACACUGUUCCCGUACUGUGAUGCCAAGUUCCAGGACACUGUGUUCUACAACCAAACAGCCGUGUCAUCUUAG